UUACCCGGUUAGAAUAGUGAUAUUUUACGUACUAGGUAAUGGAGACCUAGAAUUGCGCGCCAGCACUGCGCGGAAUGUGAAGGCGAGGAGGAGUCAUUUGGCGGUGGUCGUUUCGCUGGUGGCUCUGUGAGGCUGACACAGCAGCUCAAGGGUCUUUCUGACCGCAUCCUUCGUAAGCGUUUCACUAGGGGAUCUUGGAUACUGCGUCAUGUCAUUGAAUAACUAUGACAAAGAUCCAUUAUCCGCCAUUGAAAAUCUAUGAGGUCGAUGCUACGCCCGUCUGCUGUCGAGUAGAUCUGCCAGCAGAUCGCUCUCCUCGGCUACGGCGACGGUAGUGUUGAAUUCUAACGCCUAGAGAGCAAGUGUUGCAACAUUUAAUCACUUGCCCAAGGAAGUCUGGGUCUCGGCCACGAGUGUACUGUUUGUUUAGGAUCCAAUCAGAUCGUUUUCCAAGCGUGUGUCUGGGUGAGAAUAAUUUUUUUGGCGGGGAUAUUUAUUUAUUUUAUUAUUUUUACCUCCUUUAGUUGGUUGUAGGAGUGCUCCGCUGAAAGGAGUAUCUACGCCACCAGCUGUGCUCGAGGCGGUGGGAGCUGUUAAUUGCAUCUGCGAUCGGUCUCCAGCAUCAUUGGCAGUGCAGAGUGGGUCUUAGUCAUGUUUGAAUUUUGGGGUUCUAGGUGGAAAGGAGUUUAGGGCCAUGUCUUCGAGUGGGAGCUGUUCAACGAACAAGGAUAUUAACGACGACGCGCGAAGUGUCUGUAAUCAGUUCUCCAGCCCAUACAAUGACCCUCCAAUUCCGCAAGAUGCCAUGACAACGCAGCCCUCUGUCGGCCGUUUCACUGAAUCUGAGAAACCCAUCUCUAUGUUCUCCCGAAAGCCACCGGGCCCCAGAAGUCCCUAUGAGGGUCAGGGUAUGGCUGGUCAAAGCAACUAUGGCAUCCACUCCCAAGAUUCUUCAUCUACACAAUCUCCCUCUGGUAGCAUUGUGAAUCUAAGAGCAGACUUACGAACCGACGGCAAGGUGAACACGACCAUUUCGAAGGGGAAGAAGUAAUACAUUUCGCAGAAGGUAGGAUGGAGCAGCCUAACACUUUGUCCUUGGCGUUCCCUUCAAGGAAUCAUCAUACCUUAGUUAAUUGGAUCGUCUUUGCUUUGAGACCGUGUUUCCAGAGUAUUUUGUUGAAUAUGUUUACCGAGUAAACACACGCAGAAUAGUUUCUGCUUGUGGUCAUCAUUCUGAACUAUGAUCAGGUGGUGGUAUUGGAUUAAUGGUGUAAGCGUUCCUGGUUUUCUUUCGAAGCUGGGUUUUUAGAGUGCAUAGCCUGCACUGUCAAUUUGUGUGGAAGUUUUUUCUUUCGUUCAAUACUUCACUAUUGUAGAUAGCAUUGUUGCCCUCCGACAUGUGGACCGCAGGUGUCAUGCACGGUGGAUUAUCAAUUUGCUGUCGACGAGUAAGAAGAGAGGGUAAUCUGCGUAGCAAGGAAGGCCGACAGCUUCCACAGCGGUGGCUUUUUACUUGCAGAUAUAGAAACCUGCAGUGCAGUUGCGAAACCUUGAGUGAGUAGAGGUUUUCAAUGCUUAGUUGAUGUACUAAUUUCUCAGUGAGCUGUUGAUGAUCAUCUUGCUGCGUUGACCCUUUCAAUGAUGUCCUCAGUGUAGGAUCUGAUUCUCCCAGACGUGCUACACAUCGAUGUAACUCAUGCUUGGAUAAGUGUGAAGUCCUCCGAGACAUGAGCACUACUUGUUACUUUUA